AUGUGCGGAAAUACAGAGAGCAGCACACACACAGAAACGAAGUGCGGGAAGUGUUUCAGUUUUCAAUCCGAUUUUUCCACACAUCAGAGAUCUCACGCAGGAGAGAAGCCGUAUUCCUGUCCUGAGUGCGGGAAAUGUUUUUCAACAAAGUUCCAUCUUUCCAGACAUCAUAGAUCUCACACGGGGGAGAAGCCGUAUUCCUGUCUUGAGUGUAGGAAAUGUUUUUCAACAAAGUUCCAUCUUUCCAGACAUCAGAGAUCUCACACGGGGGUGAAGCCGUAUUCCUGUCCUGAGUGCGGGAAAUGUUUUUCAGAUAAGUCCAGACUUUCCACACAUCAGAGAUCUCACACGGAGGAGAAGCCAUAUUCCUGUCCUGAGUGCGAGAAAUGUUUUUCAUAUAAGUCCGAUCUUUCCACACAUCAGAGAUCUCACACGGGGGAGAAGCCGUAUUCCUGUCCUGAGUGUGGGAAAUGUUUUUCAUAUAAGUCCGAUCUUUCUAGACAUCAGAGAUCUCACACGGGGCAGAAGCCAUAUUCCUGUCCUGAGUGCAGGAAAUGUUUUUCAGAGAAGUCCCAUCUUUACACACAUCAGAGAUCUCACACAGGGGAGAAGCCGUAUUCCUGUCCUGAGUGUGGGAAAUGUUUUUUAAAGAAGUCCAAUCUUUUCACACAUCAAAGAUCUCACACGGGGGAGAAGCCACUUUCCUGUCCUGAGUGUGGGAAAUGUUUUUCAACAAAGUCCCAUCUUUCCAGACAUCAGAGAUCUCACACGGGAGAGAAGCCGUAUUCCUGUCCUGAGUGUGGGAAAUGUUUUUCAUCAAAGUCCCAUCUUUCCAGACAUCAGAGAACUCACAGGGAGGUGAAGCCGUAUUCCUGUCCUGAGUGUGGAAAAUGUUUUUCAGAUAAGUCCCAUCUUUCCACACAUCAGAGAUCUCACACGGGGGAGAAGCCGUAUUCUUGUCUUAAGUGCGAGAAAUGUUUUACAUAUAAGUCUGAUCUUUCCACACAUGAGAGAUCUCACACGGGGGAGAAGCCGUAUUCCUGUCCUGAGUGCAAGAAAUGUUUUACAUAUAAGUCCGAUCUUUCUAGACAUCAGAGAUCUCACACAGGGCAGAAGCCGUAUUGCUGUCCUGAGUGUGGGAAAUGUUUUUCAGAUAAGUCCCAUCUUUACACACAUGAGAGAUAUCACACGGGGGAGAAGCCGUAUUCCUGUCCUGAGUGUGGGAAAUGUUUUUCAACAAAGUCCCAUCUUUCCAGACAUCAGAGAUCUCACACGGGGGAGAAGCCGUAUUCCUGUCCUGAGUGUGGGAAAAGUUUUUCAACAAAGUAUCAUCUUUCCAGACAUCAGAGAUCUCACAAGUAAGGAUAAAAUACAUAAGUAAACCAAAUAGUAACUGGAGAAGGAGAAAAAAUGAGAAUUAGGAGUGGGUGUACAAGAUUUGGUGUAAAAUGUUUUUUCCCCUUUUUUUUGAUAGGAAGUAUAAUGCCGCGUACA